UCCUAUGUGAGAAUAGAUCUUAACCCUUGAAUCAUCUCUAAUCUAACAGCCUGAAAUGAAGGAUUAUUAAUGGCAAUUUGGUAAAUUCUUUUAAGUAUAAUCAGCCCAUAAAAUUCAGUUUUCACGUAAUUAGUUUCUCUCUCUAAUCUCUGCUUUCUCUCUCUGUUUUCUCGCCUUUCUCUUUGAUGUUGCUGCCGCCAUUAGAGCACCUUAAUCAAGGUCCAAUUCGUCUCCAAAUUCGCUUCAGAAUUCAAUUCAAUUCUCGAAUACAUUCAUCUACUUGAUUAUUUCAAGAUCAGUAUUCUUUCGAGCAAUGGCAUCAGAAUUUCAUCAUAGUUCGUCCUCAUCAUUGACGGAAUCAAAUUCUGUUGUGGAUAAUGAACAAUAUGCAAGUUGUUCUAAUUCAAAUGUGGCUGUUACUCCUGAAGUAAUUCCUAUAUUAAGUCCAGGGGGAACGAGAGAAUGGAUUCCAUGUUGUUCUGAUGAGUUAAAACCUGUUGUAGGGAUGAAAUUUAUGAGUGUCGAAGAGGGUAUUUCAUUUUAUAAAGCAUAUUCAAAAGCUGCUGGUUUUGUGAUGAGGAAAUCUACUGCUACAAAAAGGAAGGCACUAGACGUUAUUGCUUUUCAGUAUUGUUUAUGCAACAAGGCUGGUUUCAAAGAAAAAGCAAUAGUUAAGGUUGGAGGCAUGCCAAAUGUUAAAAAAGGGGAAGGUAAUGAAGAUAAAGUACCUAUACCUCGAAGAAGGCUAGUUACUCGUGUUGGUUGCAAGGCUCGGAUGGUUAUGAAGUAUAAAAAUGAAGGUUUUUAUGUGGUGACUGAAUUCCGAGAGCCACAUGUUCAUGCUCUUUACACCCCGGGUUGUCUAAAAUUUCAGAAAGCGGGUAGGAAAAUGAAUAUUCUUCAUAAGAAGAUGAUUAUUGAUAAUUCGAAGGUGAACAUUGGUCCGGUUAAGACUUUUAGAUUGAUGAAGGAGUUAGUUGGAUCGUAUGAUAACGUUGGUGCAUCCAAGCAAGAUUUCAAAAAUUUUCAUAGAGAUUUGAAGGCUUACAUUGAAGGAUCGGAUGCCCAAAUGUUUGUGAAUAACUUUCAGAACAAGAAGUUGUUAUGGAGUGCAUUUUUCUUUGACUAUGAGGUGGAUGAAGACGAGCAACUUUGUAAAGCUUUUUGGGCAGAUCCAAUAUGUAGAAAGAAUUAUGCACUCUUUGGUGAUAUGGUUUCUUUUGACACCACAUUUCAAACAAAUAGGUAUAAUAUGAUAUUUGGCCCAUUUACUGGAGUUGAUCACCACAAGAAGUGUGUUACUUUUGGUGCUGCUUUAAUAGCCCAUGAGGACAUCGUGUCUUUUGAGUGGGUUUUUAGAACUUUCCUCAAGGCAAUGGGAGGUAAUGAGCCAGCUUGUUUGAUUACGGAUGAAGAUCCGGCAAUGAAAAUAGCUAUUCCUAAAGUGUUUCAGACCGCUGAGCAUAGGUUUUGUAUGUGGCAUAUAAUGAAAAAAAUGCCUGAGAAAGUCGGCCGUCAGAUUACGCAAGAUACCCUGUUUCUUAAUAAAAUUUGCAAAUGUGUUUGGAGUGAAGAGAUUGAGCCAACAGAAUUUGAAGAGAAAUGGGGAAAGGUUCUUGCUGAGUUCAAGCUUCAAGACCAUGAGUGGUUGAAGCAGUUGUAUGAGAAGCGUCAAAUGUGGAUCCCAGCAUACUUUAGAGAUUCGUUUCUAUGUGGUAUCAUGAGGACUACAUCAAGGUCAGAGAGUGAGAACAAUUUUUAUACAAAGUUUACCAAUCCCCAUCUCACUCUAGUAGAGUUUUACAUGAGAUUUGAGAGUGCAUUGGAUGCUCAAAGACAUACUCAAGGUCAAUUUGACAAUGAUUCUAAACACAAGCAUCCAGAAUGUAAGACUUCCUUUGCAUUAGAGAAACAUGCUUCUAAAAUCUACACUGUUUCAGUCUUUUAUGAUUUUCAAGAGGAGCUCGAGAUUGGUUGCUUUCACUGUGGACUUGAGGAGUACAAGAAAGAAAAUGGGUUUGAAAUCUUUACCAUUAGAGAAGGAUGCACAUGA